CCUUGUGAUAAAAUCCAAAUCGGAGCUGCAGAAAGUUCAGUUGUUCACACUGUAAGAGAACUCACCGCUCGCUCAGUCACUGUUUACUGUUAUCGACCGAACAGCGUACAACACCACCGGUACAGUAAAACAGUAAGUGGAAAGGCAAGACGUGAGGCCAGCAGGCGCGACUGGGACUGGAUUUUCGUUCUCGAUUGUCGAUCCUGCUAUCGCAGUGGCUCUCCUCUCCGUGUUGAUUUCUAGCUCAUUUCGUUCGGUUCGGAGUAGUUCCCGUUUAUCGUAGUCUGUUAUUUUUUUUUUCGAAUUUGUAACUUAAAAACAUUACUACCGAGUUAAUAUUUUUAAUUGUUUAGUUUUUAAUUAUUUCGCGAUAUGGAGUGAAGUGUGUUUAUUCCAGUUCUACAAUUAUUAUUACAUCUUUAAAACUUUAACACAUAAUUCAACUUUUUGUAUGUCACGGCUGAAGUGAAAAGAUCUUGAAGUGGAAUAUGGCUACGAUAGACGGCCGUCCCGCACAAUAUGGAAUUACCCUGAAACAACUACGUGACCUUAUGGAACAUAGGGGCGCAGACGGAAUAGGAAAAAUUCAAGAAUUAGGUGGAACACAAGAAAUAUGUAAAAAAUUAUACACAUCGCCAAGCGAAGGACUUAGUGGAUCACAAGUAGAUCUUGAACACAGGAGAGAAACAUUUGGAUCAAAUUCAAUUCCUCCAAAGCCUCCAAAAACCUUUUUACAAUUAGUAUGGGAAGCUUUACAGGAUAUUACCCUUAUUAUUCUAGAAGUAGCAGCCAUAGUAUCUUUAUUGCUUUCUUUUUAUCAGCCCCCGUUAGAAGAUUCAGCAUUUAACGAUGAUGAAACAAGUCAUGGGUGGAUAGAAGGUUUAGCAAUUCUAAUUUCAGUUAUAGUAGUAGUAUUUGUAACAGCCUUUAACGAUUAUACUAAAGAAAGACAAUUCCGAGGGUUACAAAGUCGAAUAGAAGGAGAACACAAAUUUUCAGUAAUUAGACAAGGAGAAGUCAAACAAAUCUCUGUCAGUGAUAUAGUUGUAGGUGAUAUUUGCCAAAUUAAAUAUGGAGAUCUUUUACCAGCAGACGGAAUUCUUUUACAAUCAAAUGAUUUGAAAAUAGACGAAUCAUCGCUGACAGGUGAAUCUGAUCAUGUCAAAAAGGGAGAGUCUUUCGACCCGAUGGUAUUAUCAGGUACUCAUGUUAUGGAAGGAUCUGGUAAGAUGUUGGUUACAGCCGUCGGUGUCAACUCGCAGGCAGGUAUCAUCUUCACACUUUUGGGAGCAGCUGUGGACCAACAAGAAGCUGAAAUCAAGAAAAUGAAGAAGGAAGCUAAAAAGCAGCGGAAGAAGAAAAGUUUAACAGGUGAUGAAGAAAACGUUACUGGAAAUAGCCAUAUGAACACAGGGAACAAAGAUGAGGGAGGAGCCGGAGAGACAGGAUUUAAGCUCGACGCAUCAGCUGCCCCUGAUCAUGACGGCAAAGAAAAUCACGUCCAACCUGAAAAAUCCUCCGGAGAAAGGAACAAAAAGGAAAAAUCUGUACUUCAAGCCAAACUUACUAAACUUGCCAUUCAGAUCGGUUAUGCUGGGUCCACCAUUGCAGUUCUCACUGUUGUCAUUCUGAUUAUACAAUUCUGCAUCAAGACUUUCGUCAUCAAUCAUCAAGCAUGGAAAAACGUGUACGCCAACUAUAUGGUCCGUUACCUCAUUAUUGGUGUCACUGUACUUGUAGUAGCUGUACCUGAAGGACUGCCGCUGGCCGUUACCUUGUCUCUAGCAUACAGUGUCAAGAAAAUGAUGAAAGAUAAUAACUUAGUAAGGCAUCUUGAUGCUUGUGAAACUAUGGGUAACGCUACUGCCAUCUGUUCGGACAAGACAGGUACUUUGACUACAAAUAGGAUGACGGUUGUACAGUCCUACAUAUGCGAACAACUUUGUAAAACCAUGCCCAAGUUUUCUGAUAUACCUGCCCACGUUGGAAACAUUAUCAUCCAGGCUAUUUCGAUCAAUUGUGGCUACACGUCAAGAAUAAUGCCUCCGGAAGAGGGCAGUGAUCUACCAAGACAAGUUGGUAACAAAACAGAAUGCGCAUUGUUAGGAUUCGUUUUAGGACUUCAAAAGAAUUACCAAACCGUCAGGGACGACUUUCCCGAAGAAACAUUCACUCGCGUAUACACUUUCAAUUCAGACAGAAAAUCAAUGAGUACCGUUAUUCCUCGCCAAAUAGCUGGAGAAUCAGGUGGUUACCGAUUGUUUACCAAAGGUGCUUCAGAAAUUAUAUUACAAAAGUGUGCCUUUAUCUACGGCCAUGAUGGUCGUCUUGAAAAAUUCACCAGAGAUAUGCAGGAAAGGCUGUUAAAACAAGUUAUAGAACCGAUGGCUUGUGAUGGUCUGAGAACUAUCUGUCUCGCUUUCAGAGAUUUCGUUACUGGUAAAGCAGAAAUCAAUCAGGUACAUAUUGAACAUGAGCCUAACUGGGACGAUGAAGGAAACAUAGUCAACAACUUAACAUGUUUGUGCGUUGUGGGCAUUGAAGAUCCUGUUCGAAAUGAAGUACCUGAUGCCAUAAGGAAGUGUCAGAAAGCUGGUAUCACUGUCAGAAUGGUAACUGGUGACAAUUUGAAUACAGCCCGGUCGAUAGCUACUAAGUGCGGUAUUGUAAAACCAAACGAGGACUUCCUUAUUCUCGAGGGCAAAGAAUUUAACAGGAGAAUCAGGGACAGUGCCGGAGAAGUUCAGCAACAUCUUAUUGACAAAGUUUGGCCUAAGUUACGUGUUCUUGCGAGGUCAUCUCCCACCGAUAAAUUUAUUCUCGUCAAAGGUAUUAUAGACAGCAAAGUCAGUGACAACAGGGAAGUCGUAGCUGUAACUGGUGAUGGUACAAAUGACGGACCAGCUUUGAAAAAGGCAGAUGUCGGAUUCGCUAUGGGUAUUGCUGGUACUGAUGUAGCGAAAGAAGCUUCUGAUAUUAUUUUGACUGACGACAACUUCAGUAGUAUCGUCAAGGCUGUUAUGUGGGGUAGAAAUGUUUAUGACAGUAUAGCCAAAUUUUUACAGUUCCAGCUUACUGUCAAUGUUGUUGCUGUUAUCGUAGCUUUUAUUGGCGCUUGCGCUGUCCAGGAUAGUCCUUUGAAGGCUGUACAAAUGUUAUGGGUUAACUUAAUUAUGGACACAUUAGCUUCUUUAGCUCUGGCUACUGAAAUGCCUACUGGAGACUUACUGCUAAGGAAGCCGUAUGGUAGAACAAAACCCUUGAUUUCCAGAACUAUGAUGAAGAACAUCUUAGGACAAGCCAUAUAUCAAUUAGGAGUAAUUUUUGCUUUAUUGUUUGUAGGUGACAAAUUUUUGGAUAUUGAAUCCGGAAGAGGAGUGGAAAUCGGUCAUCCUCCAACUCAACAUUUUACCGUUAUUUUCAACUCUUUCGUAAUGAUGACUCUCUUCAAUGAGUUCAACGCUAGGAAGAUUCAUGGACAAAGAAAUGUUUUCGAAGGUAUCUUCACCAAUCCUAUCUUCUACACUAUCUGGAUUGGAACAUGUAUAGCACAGGUGGGUAUUAUCCAAUUAGGUGGUGUAGCGUUUUCGACAACUAGCUUGGAUAGAGACCAGUGGCUCUGGUGCCUUUUCUUUGGAGUAGGAACUCUUCUAUGGGGACAACUUGUUACGACUGUACCAACCAGUAAACUUCCAAAGAUUCUUUCAUGGGGCAGGGGUCAUCCCGAGGAAUACACGGAGGCGAUUGCCAUUGGAGAGGAGAAAUACGACCUCGAAUCUGACAAGAAACCUCGCGCUGGUCAGAUAUUGUGGAUAAGAGGCUUGACAAGAUUGCAGACGCAGCUAAGAGUAAUAAGAGCUUUCAAGUCAACUUUGGAGGAUCUGGAGGAAAGACGGUCCAUACAUAGUUUACACAGCUUACACAGUUUGCGCAGCUCAAGGAGCCAUACCGGAGGCCCCUGGCCACCGCGCCCCCUGUCAGACAUCACAUACAUUGACGAAGAUCCUGCUACCAAGCUGUCUCCACAACAAGCCAACAAGACAAAUGAACGUGACGAUCAACGUCUUUUGUCUCCCAACACCUUGAGAAUACCUUCCCACCAUCAGCAUUUUGCCCACCACUCUCCCAGCUCCCCUGCAGAAGUUGUUGCUGCCUCAACCGCAUUAAACAAUUCGGACUUGCCUAAGCCCGUGCAUGAAACUCGUAUAUAGUGUUGUCAGUCCUGGCCGCAGAGGUCAAAAUCGCAUUUGUACCGCCGCAAUAUGGUCAUUCUUUCGCAUAAUAGGAUGCAGUAUAGAUUGCAAUCCAAUAUUCAUUUUUAGAUAUAAUUUAUCUUAACCUUAAAUAUAUUAAGUGUUUGAUUGAUUCAUUCUCGCGUUUUUUUAUUUUAUAAACUCAUAAAUUUGUAUUAUAUUAAUUAAUUAAAUACAUUGAUGUCUGUAUAAAGACAUAUUUGUUUUAAUUCCACUCCUUUAUUAAUAAUUAUCUUAUGAGAUUAUGACUAAUUCGAAUGCAUUUAUUAUAUUAAUUCGAAAGCAUUUAUUUGCACAAAAACGACAAUGUUUUCUCUCGUGAGGGGAAAGAUUUAUUGUUUCUGGUUUAGAUGUUAAGUUAUUAUUAAGUUGAGCAGAAAGACCAAGGCGGGCAUUACGAAACUAAACUCUGCAGCCCGGACAAAGCUGCUAGCAGUAGACGUGAGGUGCCAGAUGUAGCAAACUAUCCCGAAAAUUCCUUUUACCGACAGACAACUGACCCUAUCCAACCAUUUUAAUCACUAGCUUAGCACUAGAUAGUGUAAACUUAACCAGUACCCAGUUUGUAUCUUAUGUACAUACUAUUUGGUUGCUUAAUGUAGUCCAGCUGUAUGUAUAGCAUUUUACUCUUAGUAUUAGAGAUAAAGGUUAGUGGUACUGAAAUUAAACUUUUUAUCAUUUUUUACCGCAUGCACACUAACUAAGAGUCAAUUGUAUUCUGUGUCGGUUGCCAACGACAUGUAUAUUCAAGAUUAUUUACAUAAUAUAUACGAUGUAUAUGUUCAAAUAUGUAUAUCCCUAUAAAAUGCGAUACAUACAAAGUAAUAUAAUUGUUGAACUGUUUGUAAAAUGAAUAUUGUGCUGUGCUCUAGAAAUGCGCUGCGUCUGUGGGUUAGUAGGCCACAUUACUUAAUUUUUGCUCGAUAUUAUUAUCUUCAGUUCAUUUAUACAUGUAUACAUUUAUUAUAUAUAAUAUUACAAGCUUUGAGCGCUAUAACGAUACAUUCUUAAUAAUCGCCAAACUGUUUCGAUAUAUAUACUAGGUGAUUCACAAUAAGCCUGAGCAAGGAGUAGUUUUUUAUUAUAAUUUUUCUAAUGUAUUUCAUAGAUUGCGACUGCUCUGGCUUCUGUGAAAAGCUUUAUUUAUAAACCUAUAAAUAUACUUGCUCUGUCUUAGUAAUUUCGGCACUGAGCCCAAUUAUAUACACGUUUCGAGCAAUCGUGUCUGUUUUCAACACUUACGUGUAAGCAAUUAUAUUCUAGCUAUCACGUGUUUAUCCAAAAACAACAACAAAGGUAUAUAUUUCAAUAAAGCCGGUUUAUACUGUG